CAGAGUGGACCUGUCUAACCAGCCCGGUGAGCUGGCUGCCUCAGUGAAAGCUGGCCCUGGAGCUCAGUGGACUAGAGCUGACUCUGCUAUCGCAUCGCAGAGCUGAGUCUGGAUGUGUAUCUGCCAGGCCCGUACCGAUGCCUCCCAGCGUUGUGAUCGGCCCCUGCCCCCGCUGGCUCCCCGGGACCCCCGGCACGGCCGCGGAAAGCCCCCACCGACGGACAGACGGACACGGCGAGGCCGGACAGGCGAGGCGAUGUGGGGCUUCCAGGAGAGCCCGGCUGCAGUGUGGAAGGGCCUGUUCGUGGGGGUGGCAGGCAUUAGUGGUGGCAGGAGAGCUGUGGGCGCUGAGCCAGGAGGAGGCUCCGCUGCACCCCUCUCUGUCCCUGGGCCAGGUGCGGAGCCGGGCCCUGCUGGCGGCCGGGGUGGGGGUCAGCAUGGCGCUGUGUGUCCUGGUCCUGAGGGCGCUGUGUCCCGGCAGGCCCCGCCAGAGGGUGCCCUUCCUCCACACCGCAGAGGAGAAGAGAAAUAGGGCACCUGGGCCGCAGGCCAGUUUGCCCAGUGGGAGGAGCGUGAACGGGCCCGUCUCAUUGGCCAAAGCUUUGAUGGACAGCUUGCUGCUCUGCCUGCUCUCUGAGGCUGUGGAGGACCCUGGCCCCGCCCACAUACAGGCUCUCGCUCACAGGCUCGAGAUGGUGGAGCAGACCCUGGGGAGGGCUGAUGUCCUGGCAGAGAACCCGAGAAAGAGGUGUGUCUCCGGGCAGAGAGGGAACGAGGAGUCCCUGCUACUGACCGACAGCCUGCAGGACGUCUGCGCCUUCCUGCAAGAGCGGGCUCAGUGCCUGCGUGCUCUGGCCCAGGCCCAGGAGGAUUAUGGGAAGAGUAUUGAGGGCGUUAAGGAGGUGCUGGAGGAGCACUGGGUCCUCCUGGUUCAGCUGCACAUCCAGGUCAUCCGGGGGAGGAAGAGGAGGGAGCAGCGCGUCCGUGCCGCCAUGAGGAAGAAGGGAGAGAGGAAGGAGGGAGAGAGGGAGGAGGGAGAGAGGGAGGGGAGAGAGGAAGAGAAGAAGGACAUCAAGAUGGCGUUGCAGAACGUAGAGUGUUUCUCAGUGGAGCUGUCUCAGCGCAAAGACAGCCUGCAGCAGAGCCGUGCUCUCCUGUGUGACAUCACACACCUACUGCAGGAGCUGGGCGGGGGUCUGCAGGCUCUGGGGGAGAGGGGAGGAGGAGGGUCGGAGCCUCUGUGGACAGAAGGCCUGCUGCAGUCCAACACCCAGCAGUUUGACGAGGUGCUUCAGGACUUCCUGUCUCUGGAGAAGCUCACUUCCUGUUUCCUCACCCACCUGGAGGGUCUGCGGGCGAACAGUGAACACCGCUCACACCCCAAACUCACCUCCGCCUCGGCCCAAACCCCGGCCCAAACCCCGGCCCCGCACGUCCAGCCCCCUGACGCCCAGCCUCGACCCCCCGUCCCUCCCCCCGACCUUCCCAAACUGCCCCUCUCUCUGUGCGAGCAGUCUGCCCAGUGCCUCUCUUCCUCCUUCAGCCGUCUGCACAGUGCCCUCAGCAAGGUGUGAACGCUCACCUGUACCCCCCAAACCACACCUGUACCCCCCCAAACUGCUCCCCUACACCCCGAUACACAGUCCUGGGGUCCCCCGUCCUGCAGAAUGGCUGGUUUUGCGGCUUUAAAAGUGGUUACAGGAAGUAAAUCAGGAGCAGGAAGUACACCACCACGGUAUUGCUCUUGGCCACACUACCUUCAUCAGUAUACUCAAAACACACUGAACUGGAAUUUUUGGGGCGACAGAACUCUUGAGUUGAGGAUCUGGUGAUUCUCACAAUACUGCCCCCUGUAGGAUGAGUGGCAGAAACUUGUCUGUGUGACUUACGUAUUUCAAGGAAGGAUUUAAACUGAAUGUGAAGUUUAUUUUAUGUGUACAGUAUAUGUGCAUGUAUAUACUUUUGUUGCGAUGAUUGUAUUUUUUUUUUUCUAUUUUGCAUUUGUAUUGUAUUUGUAUAUAUGUAUAUAUACAUUUUUUUUAUGGCAAAUCUUGAAUUGAUGAGAAGUGAACCAACUGAAAAUAGUUUUUAAAUGAAGUGGGUUUGAGGAAAAAUUCAAUUUCUUUUAAUUCAGUUGAGGAAAUGAACUUAAUUUAAGUCAGCCAGGACAAGAGUAUUUGCUAAAUGCCAGCAAUAUAAAUUCAGCUCAUGAAUGGGACAUCCUCAUUCUUCCACUGCAAUCUUCCAGUCCAUUUCCUGAACUGAGUCAAUUGAAAGGGCAUUGAUCAACCCAACACUGAAAUGAAGACUAACUUGUUUGUUUACAUGAACCUGAAUCAGAGAUUCAAGCAGAAUGAAGGUGCAGUGUGAAUGCGUACCACCAGAGGGCGCACUGUGAUAAGUUAUGAGCUAGGCCUGGUCUGAGGUUCAUCAUCAUUCAGAGGGUGAAGUCUAACGCCUCAGGGCACACAUACCUCCUGCACAGCUACUUUCCACUCAAUUUAUAUGCACAUGGAUUCAUCAUCCAUUUUAUGCUUCACAUAUGUAGAUUAGGGGCGACAUUAGCUCAGGUAAGAGCGGUCGUCUGGCAGUUGGAGGGUUGCCGGUUCGAUACCCCACCCUGGGUGUGUCGAAGUGUCCCUGAGCCAGACAUCUAACCCCCAAUAGCUUCCAACAAGCUAGUGAGUAUGAGAGGCAUUAGUAGCGCUAUGUAAAUGCCAUUUACCAUUUUACGUGACCACUAAUGCACACUUUACCAGUUCAAGGUCCUAGGCAGUGACACACUGUGAGGUCACUGGAACAUACAGGGCUUGCUUCUUCCCAAGAGCAGGGAUUCCUAAUUCAUUCCCAUCCCUGCUCUUCCCAACUGAUUCACUUUUUAGAAAUCAGAACUUCUUCAGUUCUCUUUUUUCUGUGUCCUGGCUGAAAUCAGUUUACAUUGGGGGACUCAUUCAUAUCCUAAUUGUGACCUAUGACCUGGAAGCAGUCAUAUUCACGAUAUCGUCUGUAUAAAUGGGAACAUGGAUAAGCUGUUACUGAAACUGUAUCCCUCUUGCAAAAAUGUGCAUUCCUUUGAACAAAAUUAAAUU